CAGAACUUCAACGAUUCGAACACCAAGCUAGAGAGAGAAAGAGAAGAGAGAGAAGCUCUGUGUAUGUGUGUCACCGUGCAAUGGUUUCGAGGUCUGGUUAUGGUGGCAUGAUGGGCGGGAUUCAGGGAGGGACUUGGCCUCUCUGAAUUCUCAGCUUUUUUUUCCUCGUGUGAAGCUGUGAUAGUUUAUUAAAUGCAGAGAGGAAUUGAAUGGAAAAGAAAAGUAGUGGAACCAAUUUAUUGCAAGGAGUCAUGAUCUGGGUCAAGCUUGUUUAAUCAGCUUUUUGGAGAUUUUAAGGCUGUUUUCUGGUAAUUUUUCGGUAGUGCUGAUGCCAAUUUGCUAUCUUUCAAUGGUUCCAGAGCAGCAAAUGGUUCCCAAGAAUUACAAGCUGAUAGGCGAAGCUUCCUCUUGCGGUUACAUAAGGUUUUCUUAGAGUCAUCAGAAAAUAGCAGCUGGUUGUGGUAAAAGAGGUGUUAUUGCUAGUUGUUCAGAAAUUUUAAGAGAGGUUUUUUAAGCUCUUGCAAUGACAAGUGAUUUUUGAGACAGCCAUCUGAGAGUCAUGAUCUGGUCUAUUGCCAAAUGGCUGUAUAUCGAGCCCUGAUACAUAUCUAACAAGCUGUUUCUGUUGGUGGAUUGUAUGUUGCUUUCCUGACUCCUGAGUUUCUGUUGGUUGGUUGAACUCUUUAUACAAUUCAAACUCCUUUGGCAGUGGUUGGGGCAAAUCUCCUUUGGCAAUAAAUUUAGGAUCUUUUUGGUAGUUUUAUUCAUACAUGUAUAAAGAACAUAUCAUUAAGUGAGGAUUCAGCUCUUUUGGGCAAAUCUCCUUUGGCAAAAGUUACAAAAUUUCCCUUUGGUUGGGUGACAUUCGCAUUUAUCGUUGGAAAUUAAUCUAUCUCUACUUCACUCCUGCUGUAGGGCAGAUCUCCUUUGACAGUAUUUACUCUGCGAAAUUCACCCCUUCCUUUGGGAAAUAACUCAGCUAGUAGUAGCAAUUCAUUGCCAUCUGCAGUCGGGACUUCAUAUCAAAAUUUCUUCUGGGAAGAUUUAUCUCCUAGAAGAAAUCUUGAGUCCAUUCAUUGGGCAAAUCUCCUUUGGCAUUAGGGAGUCAUUCGUCGACUCUCAUCGUCCUUGAUAGGGCAAAUCUCCUUUGGCAUUACAACCGGCACAUCAUUUGUGUCGAAAAUCAGCUGUCUAUCUCAAAGAGCCAUUUUCCAAUAGCAUUAUUUUUUCCGCUGGGAUCCGCACAAACUAUUGAUUCUUAUAGCUGUGCCGGCUGAGGACUUUGACGACUGAAACAAUUGUUCCUUGUUCCACAUUGUGAAAGAAGACAGGUUUAUAUGCUUUCUUUGAAGAGCUUCAUAUCCUAAGAAAGGUCCUGUCCAUAUCAAAAAAAAAAAAAAAAAAAAAAAAAAAAAAAAAAAAAAAAAAAAAAGAAAGGUCCUAUCUUUGUGAUUCUGAAGAUUAUCCUAGUAUUUGUGGCAAAAGUGCAACUGUGAUUUAUCUACUUUUGUGAUUGAGGCAUUUUCACGAUGGAUCUCCUCCUCAGCGACUCUGACUGGGACUCUUCUAGUGAAAGUGGCAUGGAGGACCAAGAGGAAGUAGACUUUUUGUAUGGUGGGCAAGCCCAGAGCCUUUUAUCAAGUUUGGAGCAGAGCAUUGAAAAAAUUGAUGAUUUUCUCUCAUUUGAGAGAGGAUUUAUGCAUGGGGACAUGGUUUUCUCUGUGACAGAUCCAUCGGGCCAAAUGGGAAGAGUUGUUGGCAUUGAGCUGCUUGUUGAUUUGGAAAACGUUCAUGGAAAAAUUAUAAAAGAUAUAAACUCCAAAAAUCUAUCAAAGAUUCGAUCCUUUUCGGUGGGAGAUUAUGUUGUUUGCGGGCCAUGGAUAGGUAAAGUGGAAAAGGUGGUUGACCUUGUAACUGUUGUUUUUGAUGAUGGGACAAAAUAUGAGGUCAACGCCAUGGAUCAAGACAAGCUGGUGCCUAUAUCUCCAAACAUACUUGAAGAUGCGCAAUACCCGUACUAUCCAGGACAAAGAGUCAAAGUUAAGCUUUCAACUGUCUCCAAGUCGGCCAAAUGGCUAUGUGGUACUUGGAAGAAGAAUCAAGAAGAAGGAACUGUUUGUGCUGUGGAAGCGGGUUUGGUAUAUGUUGAUUGGCUUGCAUCCAUACUCACAGUUAGUAAUCUCAAUCUUCCUUCUCCGCCACGUAUGCUGGAGUCAAAAAAGCUGACAUUAUUGUCAUGCUUUUUGCAUGCAAAUUGGCAACUUGGUGACUGGUGUGUACUUCAAGUUUCUGGUCAUAUGGGUGUUAUGGAACAGAAGUUUGAGAGAGGGGUUAGAGGAAGAAACCUUGGUUCAAACUUUGAUGCAAUUUUUGUGAUUGUGAAGACAAAAAUUAAAGUUGAUGUUGUGUGGCAAAAUGGGAGUAUCUCUUUGGGACUAGACUCGCAGACGUUGCUUCCUGCGAGUGCAGUAAAUUCUUAUGAGUUUUGGCCUGAACAGUUUGUGCUAGAGAAAGGCACCUGUGAUGACCCACACGUGCCUAGUGGCCAAAGAUGGGGUGUGGUUUUGGGUAUGGAUGCGAAGGAACGAACAGUGAAGGUGCAGUGGAAGACUAAUACUACUGCUGAAAUGAAAGAUAUGGAUGGUAAACAUAUGGUAGAAACUGUGAGCGCUUACGAGCUUGUCGAACACCCAGACUACUGCUACUGUUUUGGUGAUCUUGUGUUUAGACCGGUGCGUAAUCAGUUUGAUGAUCAAGCGGAUAAUAACACAGAGGCCAUGGCUGAGGAGAGGGCUGUGGAAGGCUAUGGGAGUGAUGAGAACAAGUUUCCUCAGAAAUGUUACCUAUCUUGCAUUGGCAAUGUUAUAGGUUUCAAACAUGGUGCUGUGGAGGUGAAAUGGGCUUCUGGUAUUAUAAGCAAGGUCGCUCCAUAUGAAAUUUAUCGGGUCGAUAAACAUGACCAUACGGUUCCAGUCGAUGUGGAGGGCUUGAAUGAAGAGAUGACUGAACUUGACAAACAAACUUCAAUGGAUAAGGGUUUGCUAAAUUCAGACAGUGUUGGCGAUGGUUGCAAGAAACACCUAUGGGAGUCCACUUCCUUUUUCCUUCCACAAGCCGCCAUUGGAUUUUUAACAAGCAUCGCUUCAAGUCUACUUGGCACGUCUGGUUCCACAUCCCGCUCGGGUUCAACACCAUUGGUCCAUAUUCCUGAAGUCGGAAGCGAGUCUGGGAUCCCUAAAGAAAAGGAAGUGCUGGAAGGGAGUGAUCUGUGCAAUGAGCCACAAAUAAUUGAUGAAUUGGAUACAUUUGUCAAGAAAAUAUUGAAUCAGGAAGCUAAACAGCUUCCAGAGAAUAAAGAUCUGCAGCAGUCGACGUACAGUAAUAAUCCAGAUAAGUUUAGGCAGUUUGAUAUGGCUGCAGAUUGUUCAGAUCACAAUUUUAUAAGUGCCGGUAAAGGAUUCGCGUUGUCUCAGGUGAAAAGAAGCUGGGUAAAGAAGGUUCAGCAAGAAUGGAGCAUACUAGAGAAAGAACUCCCUGAAACAAUCUACGUCCGCAUUUUUGAGGAAAGGAUGGAUCUUAUCCGGGCAGCCAUUGUUGGCACCCCUGGAACUCCCUACCAUGAUGGACUUUUCUUCUUUGACAUAUACCUUCCUCCAGAAUAUCCUCAUGAACCACCAAUGGUGCAUUAUAUUUCUGGUGGGCUUCGUGUUAACCCGAACCUGUACGAGUCUGGCAAGGUCUGUCUCAGUCUGCUGAAUACGUGGGCUGGAACAGACACUGAAGUGUGGAAUCCAGGGAGCUCCAGUAUUUUGCAAGUUCUUCUCUCUCUUCAGGCUCUUGUGCUUAAUGAGAAGCCUUACUUCAAUGAAGCUGGAUAUGAUCAGCAGAUGGGAAAAGCUGAAGGAGAGAAGAAUUCAGUAAGCUAUAAUGAGAACGCGUUUCUCAUGACCUGCAAGUCCAUGUUGUACCUGCUCCGAAAGCCACCAAAGCAUUUUGAGGCACUUGUAGAGGAACAUUUCAGUCUACGCUCGCAACAUAUUCUAAUGGCCUGCAAGGCAUACAUGGAAGGAGCUUCAGUGGGGUGUGCUGUUGGUUGUGGCAAAACCGAAAACGACCAUCAAAGGGGAAGCUCCACAGGCUUCAAAAUCAUGCUCUCUAAACUCUUCCCCAAGCUUGUAGAGGCAUUUUUCGAUAAGGGAAUCGAUUGCAGCCAGCUUGCAGUGCCAGAAAAACAAACAGGCUGAUUGCUGCAUAAAGUUCUCGUGUAUAAUAUGUAUAUUUGACAGUGGGUUGCUUGAAACUUAUUCAACAAAAAUUAAAAAGUUUUAGAAGUGGAGUGAAUAAAUCAAAACAAGAGCACAAGAUUAAAAAGUGUGCCUUUUGUUUUGGGGCUUGCUGUGUUUCCAACAUGUUGUGAAUGGUGAUUAUAGAUGCAGUGGAAAGAAGUCCACAUAAGGUGUAAUUAUAAUAGAUGUAUUGGUGUUGUGAAGAAAACUCAAGUAAUGGCAAUAAGUUGGAUUUGUGUGCUUGUAAGUCUAUGAUCUCAUAUCAAGGUUGCCUCAAGGAUGCAUAAAUGGAGUAAUUUGCAUAUGAUUUAAUCUUC